GAAAAAGUGGAAUUUUUCUUCAGCAAGUUGUGAAACUAAAUCCACAACCUUUGGAGACCCAGGAACACCCUCCAAUCUCUGUGUGCUUUGUAAACGUCACUGGAGAAUCCUCUGGGCUGGCAAUUGGAUUGUCACCACCCUGCCUGUUUUGUGCCUGGGAAGUGCCCUGGUCUUGCUUGGCUCCAAAUUGUUGGCUUUCACUUUUGACCCGAAGCAUCUGAAGUCAUGGGCCACACAUGGAGGCAGGGAAUAUCACCAUCCAAGUGUCCAUACCUCAAGUUCUUUCAGCUCUUGGUGCUGGCUUGUCUUUCUCAUUUCUGUUCAGGUGUUAUCCACGUGACCAAGGAAGUGAAAGAAGUGGCAACGCUGUCCUGUGGUCACAAUGUUUCUGUUGAAGAGCUGGCACAAACUCGCAUCUACUGGCAAAAGGAGAAGAAAAUGGUGCUGACUAUGAUGUCUGGGGACAUGAAUAUAUGGCCCGAGUACAAGAACCGGACCAUCUUUGAUAUCACGAAUAACCUCUCCAUUGUGAUUCUGGCUCUGCGCCCAUCUGACGAGGGCACAUACGAGUGUGUUGUUCUGAAGUAUGAAAAAGAUGCUUUCAAGCGGGAACACCUGGCUGAAGUGAUGUUAUCCGUCAAAGCUGACUUCCCUACACCUAGUAUAACUGACUUUGAAAUUCCACCUUCUAACAUUAGAAGGAUAAUUUGCUCAACCUCUGGAGGUUUUCCAGAGCCUCGCCUCUCCUGGUUGGAAAAUGGAGAAGAAUUAAAUGCCAUCAGCACAACAGUUUCCCAAGAUCCUGAAACUGAGCUCUAUACUGUUAGCAGCAAACUGGAUUUCAAUAUGACAACCAAUCACAGUUUCAUGUGUCUCAUCAAGUAUGGACAUUUAAGAGUGAAUCAGACCUUCAACUGGAAUACACCCAAGCAAGAGCAUUUUCCUGAUAACCUGCUCCCAUCCUGGGCCAUUACCCUAAUCUCAGUAAAUGGAAUUUUUGUGAUAUGCUGCCUGACCUACUGUUUUGCCCCAAGAUGCAGAGAGAGAAGAAGGAAUGAGACAUUGAGAAGGGAAAGUGUACGCCCUAUAUAACCGUAUCGGCAGAAGCAAGGGGCUGAAAAGAUCUGAAGGUCCCAGCUCCGUUUGCA